CCAGUCCCUGGGCGAAUCCACUAUACAUUAGGUUUCGGAUGUUGUCCGCCUAGCUUUUCUUUCAUUUAAAUGUCUAUGUCCCCACGAGGAAGGCCUGUGUCAGACCGGACAGACCUGCCCUCUACUGACUGGGGACCCAGAGCAUGUUACCUAAUGUCUUGGAGUCUCGGUUUCCUCAUCGGGCACGGGAUUGAUACCUAUGGGUUGCUAUGUGGCUGCAGGGUGAGGAAGCAGUUCUGUCGGUCACCUUAGGCCGAACCUAGCAAAUCCGGGCUGCUCUUUCCCACUGAGCUGCGUGCUCCGAGAAGGGCCGGGCAAGCCGGGUCAGAGAGCUGGCAGCCCACCGGGAUCUUGGGGCGCACUGCAGACCUCAGGGUGAUGCACUCCUCUCUCCACCCCUGAACCCAACGGCUGGGCGGGCUGCGCCCUGCGGAGUAGGGUGAUGUGAUCAGAGCCCAGGAAUGCCUUAUGUGGAUCGGCAGAACCGAAUCUGUGGGUUUCUGGAUAUCGAGGACAAUGAGAACACUGGCAAGUUCCUUCGGAGAUACUUUAUCCUGGACACGCAGGCCAACUGCCUCCUCUGGUACAUGGACAAUCCCCAGAACCUGGCAGUUGGAGCAGGAGCUGUCGGAUCUCUGCAGCUGACUUACAUCUCGAAGGUGAGCAUAGCUACCCCAAAACAGAAACCCAAAACUCCAUUCUGCUUCGUUAUCAAUGCCCUUUCUCAGAGAUACUUUCUUCAAGCCAAUGACCAGAAAGAUCUGAAGGACUGGGUUGAAGCCUUGAACCAAGCCAGCAAGAUCACCGUACCCAAGGCUGGGACCCUACCCUUGGCCACUGAAGUUCUCAGAAACCUAACAGCUCCUCCCAACCCAGACAAGAAGCCUCAGGUGGCCUACAAGACUGAGAUCAUCGGGGGAGUGGUGGUGCAAACACCCAUCAGCCAGAAUGGUGGGGAUGGGCAGGAAGGGACUGAGCCAGGGUCUCACGCCUUCCUGCGGAGGUCACAGAGCUACAUCCCCACAUCAGGCUGCCGUCCUUCCACCGGGCCUCCCCUCAUUAAGAGUGGCUACUGUGUGAAGCAGGGGAACGUGCGGAAGAGUUGGAAACGGCGCUUCUUUGCCCUUGACGACUUUACCAUCUGCUACUUCAAGUGUGAGCAGGACAGAGAACCCUUGCGUACUAUACUGCUCAAGGAUGUUCUCAAGACUCAUGAGUGUCUCGUCAAGUCUGGCGAUCUCUUAAUGAGGGACAACCUGUUUGAAAUCAUAACCACCUCCAGGACGUUCUAUGUACAGGCAGACAGCCCCGAAGACAUGCACAGCUGGAUUCAGGAGAUUGGAGCAGCUGUCCAGGCCCUCAAGUGCCACCCCAGAGAACCAUCCUUCUCUAGAUCCAUUUCUUUGACUCGACCUGGAAGUUCCAGCCUCCCAAGUGGGCCUAACUCCAUCUUGAGGAGGCGGCCAGCAGCGGAAGAAAAAAGGGCUCUCUGUAAGGCCCCUUCUGUGGCCUCCUCUUGGCAACCCUGGACUCCUGUCCCCCAGGCUGGGGAAAAGCUGCUGUCAGCUGAGAAUGUUCCAGAGGACUCUUUAUUCAUGCCUCACCCUGGGGAAAGCAACGCUGCUGGGGUGCUGGCAAGUUCUCGAGUCAGGCACAGGUCAGAGCCCCAGCACCCCAAGGAGAAGCCAUUUGUGUUCAACCUUGAUGAUGAAAACAUACGGACCUCUGAUGUGUGACACGCAGUGCGGCGGUGUGCAGGAGAGAUGGCGGGCGCUGUGACUUUUUCUCUGCCAUGGUGGAGGACAGAGGCUAAUGGCACUCACAGUGGAGGGGCCCAUCCAGCUGUCUUUCAUUGUUAUGAGCAAUGCAGUGUAUUUAAUUGGGGGAAGUCAUUAGGUUAGACCCACAGGCAUACUCCAUUGCCUCCUGAAUGCCCCCGUUCCCCCGUUUCCUAGUGAGGGGUUAAUCUUAAUACUUCCGUCUGGGGGUGGUUAGUCUUGUUUCACCCCUAACCAAGCCCCUCCCCCCAUUUGUAUUUCUUUUAUUUUUCUUGGUUUUGUUUCCAGUCUACAUACAGGAUCUCAGGCGAAGAACUGGUUUCAUCUACCCCUGUUUAUUGGCUGAUGUGUGGGGAAUCAGGGAGAUGCUUACCUUCAGGACAAAAAGGCAGCGGGGUAUGGGAAUCUUGGGUUCCAGCUUGACUGGACUCCACCUGAGAGGUGGCCUUAAAAUCUGGGGAGUGACUUCAAAAUGUCUUCUUGGGCAGUUCCCCUCAGGACACCUCCCAGGGGAGGAGAGGGGACCUCUUAUGACUCAUGACAGCUAAUUAAACUGCCAUAGCCAUUUGUGGGAAUUAUGCUGUCCAUUUGAUCCUCUGUGACCCCAAGUACUCUAGACUUGGGUGACAGAGCCACAGGUCUGUUUUCUGUAUCAGACCCCGGUGAUGGGGUUAUCAGUGUUAAAAUGUAGGACCACUGAGGCCAGAACAGACACUUCCCUUGAAACCAUGUUAUUUGAGUGUGUGUGUGUGUGUGUGUGUGUGAUGGUUAAGUGUAGAAUGAUUCCUCUGUGUGUGUGUGUGUGUGUGUGUGUGUGUGUGUGUGUGUGUGUGAUCUCCAUCUCAGAGGCUUCAUGAAAAGCCACUACUGAGAGGAGUUGGAUAAUUGUUUAUUUCAGGAAGCACCUUUGAUUUCUAGACAGGAGAGUGGUCCUGCUUUGGCACAGCAAAUCUUGAAUCCCUGUCUCAACGGUUCUUUUAGAAUGGGUCGUCUUUGUCUAAUGUUAAUUGCUUGCUUGUAUCUUAUGCACCCUGCUGAUGGACUUGCUUUUUAUUCUUUUAGUUACUUGGUAAAUGAACCCCAGCUUGAUCUGAUAAGAUCCUGUGUACUCCCCAGUGGAGAGACAACAAAGAUGAUUGUUUUCUAUAGUGAUUAUUUUUCAUGGAAUAGAAACUGGGAAUAAAGAAACUGAAUCAGAGGGUGAGUUGUUGCCUAGGGAUUUCCUGGGUUCUAGAAGAGUUCAGAAGAUUGGAUUUCCACCCAAAAUUUAGGGUGUGGCUUUUCCCAUUGGACAAGAUACUAUUUCCAUUGCCUUUGGGGGCAUUUGUCUAUAAACCUUCAGCGAACUGUUACCGGAGACUUGUGGCUGCUUCUUAAAGGAGAGAGGGUGGGGCUCAUUCCUAUCUGUGUAACCUGUGUAACUUUUAUCAGCUAGGUAAGUUAGUUGUAUUUUUAGUUAGAAACUUGAAGCUUUAAGAAGAGACUAGGAAGCAUUCUUAUUUAAGCCAAUCACUGCUCUUUGUGUCCAUAGUCAAUGCUAAAGAAAAACAGGCAUAAGUCUCUGUGUGAGAGGAAGUGUGUGUGCUCUUUCUAAUGCGACUGCGCUGUGACCCUGAAGAGGUACCACACUGACUACUCCUGAGCUUAUCGAGUGGGAGCUGUCCCCCACUUUAAGUUUGGCCAUGUGUUCCUGACCUAAAACACAAAAACCACUGGCUCUCUUUCUGUUCUCUAUCUUUCCCCUCCACCCCUUUGUUAAUUACUUUUAAAAAGAACUUUGGUGUAUUUUGGUUUUCAUAAAUUCUUUGGUUUGGGGAUUAUUUAUUUAUGAGUGACCAAGGUUAUAACUUACUUCAAAAGCCAGUCCAAAAUCUAAAAGCCCUUUGUCUCUGGCUUCAACUUAAAAUCUUUCUCUAGAAAAUUCUUUGGCUGCUCAACAGAAUUGCUUAAUGUGAGAUGAGGAACUAAUGAAAAUAAGUUAGGAACUCGGGAACGGGCUUUACUCGUCCCCUGACUCAUGGAGAUGAUGUCAUCUGAUGGUGUUUAAAUUGCGAAAUCUGUCCGUCUCUCUUCUAUAAACCGUUUGCUAGGUUGUUACUGCCUCAGUAACUGGUCAUUAUAGAAAGCUGAUAGGUUUCAUUAAGUAUUUUGAGAUUGUCCUUAGAUUAAACCCAAUGCAGUUUACUUUAUGUAAAUAAAGGGACAGCACAGUGUUUCCGUGACUCUAACUGGCCAAUACACAGGAAUUCCAAGUUAGAGUGUAGAUAAUAUAGUUUCAGUGUUGGAAAAAUAUAAUUAUCCUUGUGAAGCCCAGAGACAUUCAAAUUCUUAAUUCUUAUUUCAGAAUUCCCUUUCUGUCCAGAUUUCUGACCAGUUUUAUACCAAUCCCCUCCUCCCCCCGCUUUAAAAUUUGUUUUUGCUGGAGUCUUGCUAUGCAGUCCUGGCUGGCUUUGAACUGGUAAUGCUCCUGCCUCCAUUAUGCUUCCUGAGUGCUUGAAUUACAAGCAUGUACCACCAUAUCCAGCCUAUCACAGUAUUUUAAUGUGAGCCAAAGACAGUGCAUAAACUUUUAGUUUUCAAUGUAUAAAAUAAAACCCUGUGUGGGGGGGGGGGAUAGGGUGUGAUGCAGUGUGCGUUUGUGGUUAAGCAUUUGUUGUGGAUAAAUGAGAAAGGAUUUCUGGAUUAUAAAAGGUUCUGCUUUUUGUCUUGUAUGUGUGGGUCCUCCUGCAAGGCUUCUCAUUCAGUGUUCUCAGCACCUGAAGGACUCGCCAUCCAUUAGCCUUGAAAGGUUUGAUGGACUUGUUUAUCAAGGUCAGGUGAUAGUUGACAAAAGUAGUGUGCCUUUGUCAUUCUGCGAACCCUGAUGAGAAUAUGGAAGGCCACAGCCUGGGGAGGGACCUCAGCUCAAAGCAGUGGAAUGACACCUGUCCCAAGCAGACAUUCUCUCCCAAGCAGACAUUCUCUCCCAAGUAGAAUGAUGAGCUCCUAGGGAAAGAUUUAAAGCCCAGUGUCUUAGUUGACUGGAAGCAAACUGGUUUUGUUUCCCUCCUUCUUAAAAUAUAAAUGUACUCUCUUCAGGACUAAAAUGACUCCCUGAAUAAAAAACAGAUCAGUCGUUGAGCAGUGAAUUUGAUGUCUUCAGUGUUAACCAAAUAAACAGUCAUCUGGUAGCAAAUGGCAGUGUUUGGGAAAUUAAGUUUCCCAUGUCACCCCUUUAACUCUGAAAUUCUUUUCCUUUCUAAAAUCUGUUUUCCUCAGGCUCCUCCAUUCCCCAAGUCAAUUACAGUCCCUCAUACUAGGUAGGCUUUGAAUACAGUGAAUGUUUGGCAAAAACACACAGCGUGACCCUUUGGUCCUCUGUUUAUGAAGGCGUGGCAUGCCCCGUUUGAGCCAGUGUUUGAGCUGUGAAACACCUCUGAAAGCACUGAGCUGAGUGCAUGGAAACUCCGGCUUCUUAUGUUGCCUGAUUUCCUAAUUGGUAUGUAGCAAAACGUAAUUUUCUAAAACUGUUUGGUUGCUUGUUUUUGUAAUAAAAACAUGUGAAAUAUGAAA